GACGAUCAACGCCAUGGCGCCUCAAACCGUGACCUGCCGCACCCUGACGUGACCUGCCGCACCCUGACGUGACCUGCCGCACCCUGACGUGACCUGCCGCACCCUGACGUGACCUGCCGCACCCUGACGUGACCUGCCGCACCCUGACGUGACAUACCUGACGAGGAAAGCCCCUCGCUUGUGUCAUUCAGCAAUCUGUCGUUUGAGUUUGAGGGUGAUAAGAGGAGAGAUGAUUGUAUCUGCAAUGAGAUCCAAUGAACCAUGCAUGCCCCUGCCAGCAAGCUGCAAGCAAGAGCCUCUCUUGUCUUCGCGUACUCAUUCCUGUUCCCGAUUCAUUCGCUCACCCUCGCCUGUCCUCGGGGAGUAGGAAAGCAACAGAGGUGUCCUCAACUUCAUUUCCGCCUCAUUCCGCAUCCCUGCCUUUACCUCGUUUCUCAUCCCAUCCUCCUCUUCUCUUCCCUUCCACCUCUUGUCAGUCUCUCUGCCUUUCUUGAUCCUGAUCUCGCUCUAUCUAAUCUCCUAGAGGUUCGCGGGGUCUGCUGGACUCGAUAAAGAGGGCUCCCGUCUUCUUGUCAGGCCUUGUUUCUGCUCAGCGUCUGCUCGCCACCAUCAGUCAGUAGCCUCUGCCUGUCUCUGCUGCGGCCGAAGGUUGACGAGAGCGAGUCCAUCCGAUCAGGCCUCUCGCAGCCCUUGUCAGGUUAUUACCCUCCGUCCCUUCAAUACAUCCGUGAAAGCUCUCAGG